AAAACAAAAUUAAUCACAGAGUUGAAAAACAAAAUAGCCGGGGACGGAAGUUAACGCAAUUCUCUAGCAAAAUGGCGGAUGCAGUUGUUUCUGUUUCUGCAGUCUUGGAGCAGCUAACAACAGUCAUCUUGGAGGAAGCAAGGCCAAAGGUGAGACUAAUAAAGGGUGCACCGGAGGAAAUUGACAAGGUGAGAAGCAAUCUCGAGUCUAUCCGUGCUCUCCUUGUUGAUGCAGAGGAAAGGGGGCAGAGGGACAAAAAUAUCAAACUUUGGUUACGUCAGCUCAAAGAAGCAUCUCUUGACAUGGAAGACGUAUUGGAUGAGUGGAAUACUGCACUUUUGAAAUGGAAAAUGAACGAGGCUCAAAAUACUGUGUCUGUCCUCCAGAAAAAGGUGUGUCAUUUUAUCUCUUGUUUUUGCCUUCGACAAGUUGUUAAGCUCCAUGGUGUUGCUGUUCAAAUUAAAAAAAUCAAUAGAAGAUUAGGUGAUAUUGCUGAACAGAAAGAUAGGUAUAGUUUUGUAUCGAGGGAAGUUACACAGCCUCAAAUUCAACCAAAAAGAGAAACCACAUCUUUCGUUGAUGGUUCUGUCAUCCAUGGACGAGAUGAGGUAAAGAAAAGGAUAAUUAGCCACUUGCUAUGUGGAAGCAGUGAAGAGUCUAGUGACCUCCACCUCCGGACCAUCUCUAUAGUAGGGAUGGGAGGUAUUGGCAAGACAGCUCUUGCACAAAUCCUCUACAAUGAUGAUCAAAUUAAGUCACACUUUGACAAGAGGGUUUGGGUGUGUAUCUCUGAUCUCUUUGAUGAGGCCAGAGUUGCAAGAGCAAUCAUCAUUGAGCUUGAAGGUCAGGCUCAUGCUUCGGUGUUUCUCUUAAACUCACUACCAUUUCGGAGCCUCUUAGAAAGAAUUUGUGAUUCCUUAGAAGGAAAGAAAUUCUUUAUGGUUUUAGAUGAUGUGUGGACAGAGGACGGUAAUAGUUGGGAUUCACUGAAAAAGGCUUUUAAACAUGGAGCUCCUGGAAGUAGGAUUUUGGUGACUACUCGCAAGGACACAGUUGUAAAGAUGAUGGAAUCCUCCUAUGUCUUCCCUCUAGAAGAGCUGUCUCAAGAGUUAAGCAAAAGCAGAUUCACAAUUUUUGUUUCUUUAAAUGCCAUCGUCGCUGAUUCACCUGGUGCAAUCCCCGCUAUCCAUGGCGCCAUCACCUCCACCAUCACUCACGUCGCCGUCACAGCCGUUACCAUCGCCUCCGGUGCUUGUCUCUCCACCAAGUUGAUUGAAGCUAAUAUCAGGGUUGAUCACAAUGAUCCUAGAGAAUUUUGUAUUGGUGAUCUGGAAAAUUUGUGCCACCUGGGUCGGCUCUGGGUGAAGUUGGUUGGAAAUUCCAUAGAUGCAGAUGAGGCUAGGAGAGCAAGACUACAUGAUAAGAUCCAUUUGCAAGAGAUGAAGAUUGAUUUGGAUCGAAACAUAGACCGAGGUUAUGCAGUUGAAACCUUAAACCCGCCUUCCAACUUAAAUUGUCAGUUUUGGACUAGAUACACCGACUGGUAUUAGUAGCUACUAGCUAGUCCAGGAAGGAAUGUGAAUUUUAUCGAGCAACCAGGAGACACUUACACUGAUCAUGGUGAAUAAUGGGAGUUUUCUUUCAUGGUCUGUAAUUCUUGCUGACUCUCUUUACUUUCUUCUUGUUGGUUCACGUUUGAAUUCUGUUUGUUUUCAUGUUGGUUUUAUGUUCUAUUUGCCUUUUUUUUUUCUUGUUGGCCCAUAUUUGGAUUCCAUCAUGUGGGGUUGAUUCAGCCGGUGUUUGCUGGAUGACUUGACAGAAAACUUGUUGCCUUUCCCAUUGAAGUGAUCGUAUAUUUGUUAUUUGAAUGCAUUGAUUUUUUUUUUCCCAAAAACAAACAUUUGCAUACACUAAUUUAUGCUCUGAAGCAAAGGUAUUGUUCACGAAUUGUGCAAAUUAAAGACACUAUUAUUAA